UGCCUUUUGUUUGUUUUCCUGCUGGAGGCUGGAGAGCGGCCGGGUUCCUGCUGCUCUGCCAUGCGCCACGCGGCCCGUGCGACUCGCCGGUCCUCCUGGGCGUCCCUGCACGGACGCCUCGGCCUGUCCUAGCAGGGAUCGCCCCCAUUCUCAGUUCCCGAGGGGCUGCUGCGCCCCACUAGCCCGAGGAGCUGUGCUCACCGCAGGGGCGGGCCCCCGCCUGUGUUCGCCGCGCCAGCAAAGGACUGAUCUUUGAAAAUAUGUAUUUGGGAGAUAGUCACGUUCUGUUGAAUACCUUGUGCGGGUGCUGCCACAGAAAAAUCUGGUUACACUCCGGGGAGGCCUGCUGCCGCUGCAGGACUGAACCACCUCGGCUCUGAGAUGAGCGUCCGGCCUGCGCGGGCACACCAUGAAUAGGUACACAACGAUCAAGCAGCUCGGGGAUGGAACCUACGGUUCCGUCCUGCUGGGAAGAAGCAUUGAGUCUGGGGAGCUGAUUGCUAUUAAAAAAAUGAAAAGGAAGUUUUAUUCCUGGGAGGAAUGCAUGAACCUUCGUGAGGUUAAGUCUUUAAAGAAGCUCAACCAUGCCAAUAUAGUAAAACUAAAAGAAGUGAUCAGGGAGAACGAUCAUCUUUAUUUUAUCUUUGAGUACAUGCAGGAAAAUCUCUACCAGCUCAUUAAAGAAAGAAAUAAGUUGUUCCCUGAGUCUGCUAUAAGGAACAUCAUGUUUCAGAUACUGCAAGGACUUGCAUUUAUUCACAAACACGGCUUCUUCCAUCGGGACUUAAAGCCUGAGAACCUGCUCUGCAUGGGACCAGAUCUUGUGAAAAUCGCAGACUUUGGAUUGGCCCGGGAAAUCCGAUCCAGACCUCCAUACACAGAUUACGUAUCUACCAGAUGGUACAGGGCCCCCGAAGUGCUCCUGAGGUCCACCAACUACAGCUCCCCCAUUGACAUCUGGGCCGUGGGCUGCAUCAUGGCCGAGGUGUACACCCUCAGGCCACUCUUCCCGGGGGCCAGUGAGAUCGACACAAUCUUCAAAAUUUGCCAAGUACUGGGGACCCCGAAAAAGACCGACUGGCCAGAAGGCUACCAACUUUCAAGUGCUAUGAACUUCCGCUGGCCCCAGUGUGUACCCAAUAACUUAAAGACCCUGAUUCCUAAUGCUAGCAGCGAAGCCAUUCAGCUCCUGAGAGACCUGCUUCAGUGGGAUCCCAAGAAACGGCCAACAGCUAGUCAGGCGCUCCGAUAUCCUUACUUCCAGAUUGGGCAUCCCCUGGGCAGCACCACACAGAGCCUUCAGGAUUCCGGAAAACCACAGAAGGACAUCCUGGAAAAGGCAGGCCUGCCACCUCACAUUAAGCCAGUCCCUCCUGCCCAGCCCCCGACCAAGCCACACACUCGGAUUUCUUCGAGACAGCAUCAAGCCAGCCAGCCCCCUCAGCAUCUCAUGUACCCCUACAAAGCAGAGGCGUCCAGGACAGAUCACCCGAGCCAUCUGCCGGAGGACAAGCCAAGCCCCUUACUCUUCCCAUCCCUCCACGCCAAGAAUCCUCCAGCGAAAAUCCUCGCUGGGCUGGAGCACAAAAACGGUGAGAUCAAGCCAAAGAGUAGGAGAAGGUGGGGUCUUGUUCCCAGGCCGACAAAGGGUUCCGAUGACUGGGCUGACUGGGCUGACUUGGAUUUCAGCCCCUCCCGCACCAGGACUGACCUGACAAACAAGAAGAGACAGAGCGACGAGACUCUCUGCAGAUUUGAGAGUGUUUUGGACCUGAAGCCCUCUGAGCCCAUGGGGACAGGAAACAGCGCCCCGACCCAGACUUCGUAUCAGAGGCGAGACACGCCGACCCUGAGAUCCUCGGCCAAGCAGCACUACCUGAAGCACUCCCGAUACUUGCCAGGAAUAAACAUAAGGAAUGGCAUCCUCCCGACUCCGGGCAAGGACUUUAUUCCAUCUAACCCGUGGUCUAGUUCUGGUUUGUCAGGAAAGUCUUCAGGGACGGUGUCAGUAAUCAGCAAGAUAAAUUCAGUUGGUUCCGGCUCUACAAGUUCUAGUGGACUGACUGGAAACUACAUUCCUUCCUUUCUGAAAAAAGAAGUUGGUUCUGCUGUGCAGAGGGUACACUUGGCACCUAUUCCAGACCCUUCCCCUGGUUAUUCUUCCUUGAAGGCUGUGAGACCUCAUCCUGGACGGCCUUUCUUCCACACCCAGCCUAGGAGCACUCCUGGGCUGAUCCCACGGCCUCCGGCUGCCCAGCCAGUGCACGGCCGGACCGACUGGGCUUCCAAGUAUGCCCCUCGGCGAUGACAGUCGGGAUCCCUUCCGUGGGGGAAAGCAGGACCCUGUCCCUCCGCCAACUGGCGUUCUCCCUGCAAGAAACUUUCGGAUGGUGUAAAAGCAAACACAUGCUUUACAGUUGUUCUUCUGAACUAAGACAUUUCAAUAUUCUUUUUUAAAGUUUUUUUCUUAAAUAUUGAUUUGUACAAAAUUAUUUUAUUCUACUACUGGGUCCCAUUAUUUUCUUAAACAGCAGCAUUUUGUACAUAUGGAUUAUGUUUUAGUGUUUUAUACAGUCAACUUUGUAACAAACUUUUUAAAGAUUAAUUGAUUUUCUUUUGGGGUUCCAGAUAAUAUUUUAUACAGAUUUUUAAAAACGUAAUAAUAUUGAUGCAGUAUUGCAACAGGGGUGCAAUUUAAAGCUACAUGACAGAGGGUUAUUUACUCAACGCGUGCAGAUAUUUGUGAAGUGGUUAAAUUUUAAAUGUGGCACAUGGGGUACCUCAGGCUUCCUUGGACUGACUUCAGCACUAGAAAAUGGUCUUUUCAGUGUCACGUUAUUGGUUUGAUCUUUUGAGACUGCUGUGCCGUUCUGAAAGUACUGUUAUAUAAUUAACUCAUUUGGUUUGGUGUUUGUUCCCCAGCUGAAAGAACUCUAAGUAAAUAUUUUUUGAAAUUUUUGUAACACCCUUUAUUGUGGUUGGAGAUAGCCAAAUGAACCCAGGCUUUAUCAUGCUAUGCCAUUCCAUUCUAUUUCUUCCAUUUUAAAAAUCAAAUUGUAUCAGCACCACAAAAGGGAAGCUUUUCUAGCCACAAGAUUCUCAACAUAAAGGUGAAUACAGUCAAUUAAACUGAUAUCCCUGCCAAGAUGCACGACCAAAAAGCUAAGUUUUGACACAGCAGAUUUUUUAUGAUAAUAACUGAUAGGAUUUUGCAUUCAGCUCAGUUCUCCAGGCCUGGCUGGGAACACACUACAAAUAAUCUCCUCUCCUAGCCGAAAUCUCAGGGCACCUUGGGAAGCAGAAAAGAUUGGUGGCAGAGGAAGCCACAGUUACCAUGACACUAGUGUCAGAGUGUGCCACAUUUGAACUUUGACCUCUUAACCCUUGUGUAGUUUCUUCCAACAGUGAGAACUCUAUUGGUUGGCAGUGGCUGUUCCACUGAGAGGAAUGUUUACAGCAAUUUUGAAAAUGACAAAGCUAGUUUGGAGACAGAAAAAGACAAGAGGUCCACUCUCAUCCAUCUCUGUAGGACACAUUUGCCUCCACUCAUGGUUGCCUGACAGGCAAGAGGGAAGGGCACCUCCAGAGAAUGUAUUAUAAUCUCAAUAGUGUAUAGACUCAUUCUCCCAGGGCUCAAGUGCUCUCAUGUGGUUCCAGGUUCCAGGAUAUAGCAAGCUGAACCACAGGAAAGUGUCAUUUUUGUAGGUUAAAAUGAAAUGAUAUGGUUCAGCCUAAUAAGUUGGGAAAUUACCACUUCAGUCUGUUAAUAAUACGUUGCAGCCUGACCUGAACCAAUUACACCAUGGCUCCCAAAAAGCGCUAACCUAAAGUCGGGAGUCAUUUCUGUUUUGGAGAAUCUGGCUCAAAAACAUACUUGACCAAGCGCUAUGAUCCUAGGGCCGGGAGAAAAGCACAUAAUGGAUGUGGACUUAAUAGGUAAUAUUUUCCUGUUAACAAACUGGCGGCAGAGCUUCAGAAAAUAAAUAUGUAUGUGUAAGCACAACUUGAACCUGAAUUCAUUUCUGUAUUAUAUUCUCAACUCAUUCUCGAAAGCAACAGAAAAUGUGUUUUCAGAGACAAGUCCUUUACUGAGGUUAAUAUUUAUUUCCCUUUCUGUAUUAUGUAUACAGAGUAAGUUAAUCUGUAACCUUCCUCAGCUUGCUGGAAAGCUGGGUUUAAAUUGUAAAUACCCUGUAGAAAGCAAAUGGAUUGUGAAUACCAUAUUCUUGAAACUCUAGCUUAUGCUAAGGUCAUUACUUUUUUUUAAAUUGAAAAACUAGUUACCUGGUUAAUACACAUUAUAAAGUGGUUUUUCUAAUAUUUCUGUAGGGCCCUAGCUGGUUUGGCUCAGUGGAUAGAGCCUUGGAGUGAAGGGUCCUGGGUUCAAUUUCUAUCAAGGGCAUGUACCUCGGUUACAGGCUCAAUCCCCCAUGUGGAGGCAACCAAUCGUUG